AUGUUUAAGUUAUGUUUGGAAAUUACUGUAAUAAUUAUUUUCAAAUUUGGAAUAUUGGAUGCAAAAUGGCCAAAUCCCGAAAAGGACACUUUGGUAUUCAUAGCCAAUCCCGUGGAAGCAGACAUGCCAGGACACUGGAUACCAUUGAGCAUAGUAAAAAUUAUGUUACAAGGAUCCACUAAACAUGGUAUAAAAAAAUUAGCCCAUAUCGAAACAAUAUUAGAAAGAACUACAGCAAAAAUUACGACAACAGAAGCAACAACCACAACAACAACAGAAACACCAUCCACGCCACUGACGACAGUUAUAACAACAGAGGGUGAGGUUCCUUCAACGAUGACUCCUACAACAAGUACCACAACAACAACAACGACAACUCCGCCACCACCACCACCAGCGCUGCCUCCAGAUACAGAAACGACACCUACUACAAUAACAACGACACCGACAACAUCUACUACUGAAGCAUUGACUACGACACCAACAACGACCCCGACGACGACAACGACCCCGACGACGACAACGACCCCGACGACGACAACAACCCCGACGACAACAACGACCCCGACAACAACGACUCCUACAACAACUACCACUACAACAACUACGAAACCGACAACCACGACUAAACCAGGACCAAAACGAGGCAAACCAGUAACAGACGGUCACGAAAAUAGGAAUAAUUAG